AUGGACGACGACAUUUUGGAUGAUGUUCAACAUCGACCUUCCAGUUCCCUGUUGACAUGUUCUUUUAAUCAAGACGGAGGCUGUUUGGCGGUGGGAACGACAACAGGGUUUUCCGUACACAAUCUACAUCCACAAUAUUCUCAAACUGUGGAACGAGAACUCCGAGGAGGAAUUGGUCAAGUGGAAAUGCUCUUUCGUUGCAACUUGAUGGCCCUUGUGGGAGGAGGUUCCACGCCUCAUUCAGCUCCUCACCGGGUCUUAAUUUGGGAUGAUCACGUUCCCAAGGAAAUUGGAGAACUCAGUUUUCGUCAAGUCGUGCUCAGCGUCAAACUGCGGAAGGAUGCCAUUGCCAUCGCGCUCAAGGAUCGUGUCUAUAUUUAUAACUUGACGGAUUUGACUCUAAGGGACAAAAUAUACACAGCAGACAAUCCUCAUGGACUACUCUGUCUGAGUACCCAAGUACAGGAAAUGGUAUUGGCGUGCCCCUCCGUGACGCCCGGCCAUGUACGAGUGGAAUUGUAUGCACACCGCAAAACCGUGUUACUAGAGGCACAUGACGGUGAAUUGCGUGGACUUUGUUUGACUGCCAAUGGAAACAAAUUGGCGACUGCCUCCGUCAAGGGAACCAUUAUUCGAGUCUGGGAUAUUGCGAGCAAGUCUUGCAUUCACGAAUUCCGUCGUGGGGUGGAACGGGCGACGAUUACCUGUUUGACAUUUUCGUGGGAUGAUCAAUGGCUUGGCAGUUGCAGUGAUAAGGGUACAGUGCAUGUUUUCCAUUGCAAACAGGAAACUGAGGACGGCAAAAAGAAAAGUUCCAAAUCAACAUUUUCCAGAUUACUGAGCAGUACCACGAGCCAAAAACCCAAGAGUAUUUGUCAAAUUCGAGGUAUUCCACAUCCUAUUGCUUGUGCUUUUGUGGGAGACGUACCGAAUAUGAUUGCCAUUAGUGGAUGGGAUGCCGAUGGUAAUGGAGUCUUGCUCAUGUCAGAAUUUGCGGCACACCAGGAAGCCCGGCGAGUUGCCUAUCAUGUCUUGGUGAAGAACUCGGUGGAAGAAACCGAAGAGGAAAGACGGCGGCGAAGGGCGCGUGGUUGGAAACCAAAAGUACCGGAUACCCCCGACAAUGAUUUUGGGAAUAUGCAGAUCACGGAACCAUCCAUGAACCACUUGUCCACACAAACUACGGACGAUGACUUUUGCGAAGUUGUUUUUGAUCUUCCUCUCAAGGAACCUGCAAUUGAGGACAAGGCAAAUGCAGAUGCCCCAUCUUCUUCCGACAACGGUGAAAAGAAAAAUUCUGAUGCAGCUAUCGUCGGGGGAAAUCAAGACAAGUAUAAGGCAGAAAGGAAAGACGAGAAUUUGGACGAAUUUCUGGAAGCCACGCAAUAA